AUGGACACACGUGAGGUAACCAUGUGCUCUACUGUACAUGAAGCAUUUAGUGGACAAACUGUCAAAAGGAAGGUAAAAGAGGGUGGUGUAUGGCAGACUAAAACUGUGCCCGUCCCAGAUGCGGUAGCCAACUACAACCGGAGCAUGGGUGGAGUGGAUUUAUCCGACGCAUUGAUUGGAUACUACAGUGUUCACCACAAGACGAUGAAAUGGUAUGAGACUUUUCUUUUUCAUUUUGUUGAUAUUGCUGUUAAGAACAACCCCACUCAGCCGUACACACAGAAGAAGUUCAGGAAAAAGCUACUCACAGAAAUGGUGAGCUUUGCUAAACAGUCUGAACCACAACCUCCACCACGACCACCACCAACAUCCUGGUGAUGAUGCCAGCAAAGACAGGAAGAACUGAAGGAGAUGUUUGGAUGUUGGCAUCCCCAAAGUGAAAACCCCUGUGUACUGCAGGAAGUGCCAAGUCCCUUUGUGCCUUACAUCAAAGCGUAA